AUGCAGUCCUACCCCUACUAUCACAUCACUCGCGUGAUGCCCAGUGUGAUCAUGGUCUUCUGUUUCAUGGUGGGAAUCCCUGGGAAUUUAAUGGUUAUGAUCGUUCUAUGCCGGAGGUUUGAGGGUGGGAACUUCACCAUGCUGCUGAUGCUGCAUCUGGCCCUGUGUGACCUGAUGGCUUUGCUGUGCCUUCCUCUGGCUGUCAAUAACCUACUGAAUUCCUGGGCUCUGGAGGCUGCCACCUGCAAGCUGCUCUUCUUCCUGAUCCAUUGCAGUCUUAACAGUAGUGUGUUUACCAUCACCCUGUUGAGUGUGCAGCGCUACAUCCAGGUGCUGUACCCCCAUAGCUGGGCACGUCUGGGCCGUAUGGGGGAAAAGGCGCUUCUAGUGUCCCUGUGGGGACUGGCGGGGACCAUAGCCUCUCCCACCUUGUCUGUUCGUGACAUGAAGAGAAACACAUUCGAUGGCAAUAUGUACUGCGUUUCACAUUACCUGAGCUCUGGACAGGAAAUUACCACCCUACUCAUCCAAACGCUAUUUGGAUUUGGAUUUCCCAGUUGCAUCCUGGCGACUUCAUACUUCUACCUCCACAGGAGGGUGAGCCAGGCAGCCCUGUUCAGGCAGCGCAGGCUGACCAAGCUGGUCACUUACAUUGUGGUGUCCUUCUUCUGCUUCUGGACGCCGCUGCACAUCUUCAACCUGCUGGCCCUGGGGAACAUGGUCAUGAAAAGCGACGAGGUGAAGGACGUUUGUCAAACAGCCUGGGACAUUAUUUUGGCCUUCACUCUAAUCAACAGCUGCCUCAACCCUUUCCUCUACGCCUUCGCCUCUUCAGCCAUACCCAGGACAAGCCCCCAGCCCAACAACAUAUGA